GAUAGCCCUUCGGAUUAUCCACCGAGUGUAGCGGCUGCGAGGAGCAGGGAAGCGGCGGCGGCGGCGCUGCACGCGGCAAGGACCCUGUUGGGCGCGGGGGUGGCUAACCCUUGCUCGUCCACCCCCGAGCCGCCCUUCUGGAAGAUGCCGCACAAAGCACCGUCAAUGAGCGACAUUAUGCAACGAUCAAAGUCUCCCUUUUCUCACCGAUUUUCCAUGAAAGAAGAGGACUUGAUGCACGGGGGUGGCGCGGGUAUUGGAGGGGGUUCUAUGGUCGGACAGAACUCAAUAUUUGGGUGCUCGGCUGCAGGACACAGCGGAGUUAACCAGCUCGGCGGUGUUUACGUCAAUGGUCGGCCAUUGCCAGACUCUACCAGGCAGAAGAUAGUCGAAUUGGCGCACAGUGGGGCGAGACCUUGCGAUAUCUCACGAAUUUUGCAGGUUAGCAACGGAUGCGUCUCCAAGAUCCUCGGCAGGUAUUAUGAAACUGGAUCCAUAAAACCACGCGCGAUAGGUGGUAGUAAGCCACGAGUAGCGACCACUCCGGUCGUUAAUAAGAUCGCCGAUUAUAAGCGCGAGUGUCCAUCGAUUUUCGCUUGGGAAAUACGAGACCGACUUCUCCAGGAAGGCGUUUGCAAUAAUGACAAUAUACCAAGUGUGUCGUCAAUCAACAGGGUACUCAGAAACCUAGCCUCUCAGAAGGAGCAACAGGCGGCAGCAGUGCAAGCGCAUCAAGGCGCCGAAAGCGUUUACGACAAGCUGAGAAUGUUCAACGGACAGGCUGCAGGUUGGCCACCGGCAUGGUACUCGGCUACGCCCUCUCAUCAUCCACUGGCCACUGGCAUUCCAACAGCGGCUACCCCCGGUUCCGGACAGUCUCUUCUACCCGGUAGUCAACUACAUGGUCGCGAUGAUUCUCUUCUCAAACGAAGUGACACGGGUUCUCUAUUGUCGCAUCAGCAGGAGACAACAUCGGACGGUAACUCGGAACACAAUUCAUCUGGCGACGAGGACUCGCAAGUACGACUUAGGCUGAAGCGAAAACUCCAGCGCAAUCGGACGUCCUUUUCCAAUGAACAGAUAGACAGCCUCGAGAAAGAAUUCGAGCGGACACAUUACCCGGACGUGUUUGCGCGGGAGCGUCUCGCCGAGAAGAUUGGAUUGCCCGAGGCACGUAUCCAGGUAUGGUUCAGUAAUCGCAGGGCAAAGUGGCGUCGAGAGGAAAAGUUGCGAAACCAGAGAAGAGCGGCCGUCGAUCAGGUAGUCGGUGGUGGAAGUGGGGGUGGUAGUAGCAGUGCCGCACCUCCCGCAGCGACACCGGCUACUCCACGUUUGCCUCUAAACGCCGGAUUCAACGCCAUGUACUCCUCGAUACCGCAGCCAAUUGCUACUAUGCCUGAUACUUACAGUUCAAUGUCGGGUAGUCUGGGCGGGUCAAUGGGUGGAAGCUGCCUUCAGCAACGAGCCGAGGGAUACCCGGCGUACGUGUUCCACGAGCCACUUCACUCGCUCACGCAGUCUUACACUCACGCACACAGCACUGCGCAUUCGCAACCCCAUCGUGGUAUUCCAACCUCCCAUGGUGGUACCCCCACCACGCCGGGUGGCCAACCUGCGGGACCAGGUGGUGCGCCCUAUCAGCCGACGACCUCGACCGCGACUGGUGUAAUAUCGGCAGGCGUAUCGGUGCCGGUGCAGAUACCAUCCCAGACUCCGGACCUGACUGGCAGCUAUUGGCCUCGGCUCCAGUGAUCCCAGCUAUUCGGGUUCCCGCCCGCGAGCUUGCUCGUGGGGCAGGAGAGCCCGCCACCACCGACGGUCACACCAGGUGCCGUUUCGAGACCGCUUUUAGCCAGUCUCGGCAUACCGACGCAACCACCGACGGCGUCUCAGCAACAGCAACAGCCGAGCAGCACGCCGGCAACGACCCCCGUACAUACCUCCGAUACCAGUGAGUGAACGAGACGCAUCAUUACGACACUCUCUUUAUCUUUCAAGAGAGAGAGAGAGAAAGAGAGAGAGAGAGAGAGAGAGAGAGAGAAAGAAAGAAAGAAAAAUACCGAGAGAAUCAUCGAGAAUUCAUCGAGACUUCUAUCCACAGCGAGAAAGACCUUUUUCUAAGACUUACGAUAUUUUCCUGUCAAGCGAGGCCUCGAAACGUUACUCGGCACUGAUGACGUCCUCGAACCGGAUACCUCACCUACUUUUUUCAUCUACUCGCACCGAAUUCGGAGGACUUUGCAUCGUUGAUCGGUGAGACGUUUCUUAAUCAUCAUUAAUUUUUUGUCUUCUUCUUAUCUUCAGCUUUAUUUCGACGAAUCCUUCUUUAAUUAUUUAUAUCAUUCCUUUUAGAAAAAGAUGUAUAUGUUAAAGAAAUAUCUACGUUGAUAGCUAUAUAGUAGAUAUUUCUUUAUUUUUAAAUCAAUUCGAUUUUAUCAGAUCAACGAUGCGAAGUUACCUGCGUUUUUAAGAUUGAACUUUUUCGAAAAUAUCGAUGUCUCUGUGACGAUCAUCCGUGUAUCGUCUAGAUCUCGUAGAUUGUAUACGCAUGACCCGGGUCACACAGGGUAUAUUUCACCGUUCACGAUAUUAUAUAAAUUAAGACACACAUCAUUGCAUUGGAAAGAAAUUUUUUUCGAUGAUACACCGGCAUUGCAUUGAAAUAACCGAUUCGAAUCAUUUCAAUCGAUUUGCCCGCAGCCUUGAGCGUUUCUUUUUUGUCAUAAAGUAAUGUUUUUACGUAAACAAAUAUUAAAUGUUAUCGUCAUUUUAUCAAGUUGAACCGAUGAAAAAUCAAUAUUAAUUACUCAUUUCUAAUGACUUAAUGGAUAUAUGUACGUAGAAAAUUUCGAACAAGUUCAUCGCGUGACUUUUAUAACAGAAAAUUUUUAAGGGGAAAUCGUGAAAAUGUCGAGGAACAUUUGUUUCUUAUCGGUUCAUUAAAAAAUGCGAAACUCAUCGCAAUGACGGUGCGUCGACGAGAUGAAUUAUGCCAAGAAAGAGAGUACACGUAAUUUAAUAACUCCGAACGGGACAAGAAGGAAAGAUCAAGUUACAAACUUGGCACGAAUUGUGCAUUUAUCGCAAAAUUUUUGUUGACACGUCGACGUUUAAUCACAGGGUAAACUUUUUUCUUUCCUCUUUUUUUUUCUUUCUUCUUUUUUUUCUCUCUUUUUUUUUUUAACGAAACUCAAAACCAACAAAAACGAACGAACGUACGUAUGCGUUUUCAGACCGCAAGUUUUUUUUUUUUAUCCAACUCGAAAACACUCGAUGUUACCAAUCAUUCGUAGAAAUCCAAUCGAUAGCUCGAUCGUUUCGUUCGAGCUAUCUUAUUUAAUAAGACGAAUCCGUAAAUCCGUAGCUUUGUAAAACUCGUGAAACGGUCUAGAGAAUCGACGUCCAAGUUCUGCGAUAGAAAGAUCCUUGAAGCAUUAUUUUUCGAAAUAAUGAUUGGAAAAAAUGCUCGACAUUUUCGCAUCGGAUUUUGAUAGUCGAUCUUUCUUCUCGUUUUCCGUUUUUCCUUUGACAAAUAAUAUCUUCUUCCUCACCUAAUCCCUUCAAUUCCUAAUCUCGACACUUCUUGUAUAAAGCUGAUUGUAAAAUAGCAUUUGUUACUCUCGGUAGAUUGUAGACAUGUAAAUUAGCGAUAAUCAUCGGCAUACUGUAUAUACGUUGUAGCUAAGAGAAACGAACGAAUGAAGAAGAAAGAACAAAAAUAUAUAAAACAUCGAUCGUCGCUAUAAAUUCAGACGUUAAGAACCGUGGCUUAAAAUCGUACGCGCGAUCAUCGUUGUUCCCUUGUGAUCGUCGAAGCGUAUUCGAACGGAAAAUUCCGAAAAUUUCCGCAAAAGGAUCUAGGAACGAUAUUGAUUUCCGCAUCGGCAAACAAAUUCGCGCGGGUCAUUUUCUUUUAAUUAACGUCACAAUCACGGAGUUCAAUCGCGCGCAUUUUAAAGAAAGAAGCUUCCUUCCACCAAGUCGAAAUCUAUCGUUCGAUCGCAUUUUCUAAUUCACCGCACAGUCCGGUUUAAAUAUUCAACGGGAAAGUGAAAUUCUAUUGCGCGCGCGGGCAAAAAUAAAUAUGUCGUCCUAUCCGGCAACCACCUGUAACUUCCGUUGGAGAUUCGUGACGAUGGAUGCGACGUGGUUGAUUCGACCGAAUGUUUUUAAUGAUGCACAAAGCAGAACGAAACAACGCGUUUUUUUGCUAAUUGAGUGCCACGCGCUGAAUAAUUAGUCCAUCGAUCCCCGAGUCCGAUGCGGAAACGGUGUAAAAGCCGACGAGCCAACGACGACGUAUUUAUUUCGAAUUUUAAACGAUCCAGACUGCUCUCGUCUCUCUCUCUCUCUCUCUCUCUCUCUUUUCUCUCUUUCAUCCCUUCUUCCUUUUUUUCCCCAACGAUUUGUACGAAAGCUCUCUCGAUUGUCGACGAUCGCGUACCGAGAAACAAAGCCGCGAGUUCUCGCCAAAAAUGUCUGGAAAGGGCUACGACGAAUCGAACUUUGUAAUAAAUAUAGAAAAAAAGCACUUACAAUUUGUCAUACGGUCAAUAAUUAAUCACAAAGAAUACCUAUACAUUUGUGUUAAAAAGUUAACGACAUGUCAAACAUAAAAUAACGUUUGUCCUAUCAAUCAUCGCCAUCGCGACCAUUCCCCAUUACCUUUUCCUAUCUACCCCAUCGAGUUCUGUAAAAAGUGUAGAGGAAACGAAUCGAACGAUAUUUUCUCGUAGACUCGCAAACUUUUCUCUUUCUCUUUCGAUCAUCAUAAAGCGCUUUUAUUACGCGACGCGUUUAAUACGCUCGACCGUGGAAUCAUAAUGUAUAUUAUCUCUCUAGUAAAUUUAUAUUUUUGGAAAAAAAAAAUAAAAUUAAAAAGGAUAGAAGCAGGGACAGAAGCGAGCACAGAUCGUAGAUCCGUAGAUAGAAUUUGUCGGUCGUUACUUUUUAUGAUACUUUUACAAUUUCCAUUUUGUUCAUUUGUCAUCUUUUUCAAAAUAACACGUUCGAAAAUCUUCAAAUCGACGUCCCUUAUCAAUUUUGUCGAUCGUUUCGAGACAUUUACGUACGUUUUGAUUUCACUAUGUAAGUACCACUUCUGCGUCUUUAUAUAUGUCCGGGAGAAACUUCGAAUUGUUCUCGUUUGCUCGCUCUCUGCACGGAUUAUUAUCGAAAAUUUCUCUCUAAUCGCUUUAAUAGGGCAAAGGAGAUUUUUCCACAUUUCACUUCGUAACUCGAUUAUUUUUAUAUUCUUUCUUUUUUCAAUAUCCAAUCGAACGGCAUUAUUAUCUCUUUCCCACGAUUAUCAGCAAGUAAUUUAAAUAAACAUGACGUGGAAGUGGUCACGUAACACUUCUCUUAUCUGUAAUAAUGAUACUAGUAAUGAAUACAGUGUACGAAUGUAAGCAAAUUUAUUAAUGAGAAAUAAUAAAAAUGUAUAUAAAAUAUUACGUACGUAUAUGCAUAUAUAUUAAUACGACCGUAAUCCAAUGUAAGUGUUGUGAAUAAUGAGAUAAUAUUGUUGCUGUGAUUACCUUUAAGAUUGUAAGUAGUAGGAAAUUAGAACCAUUGUUAGCUGUCACUGUCUCGAUUCCAAUAAAUGUUAUUUCAUUUUAA